AACCUCGCUACGGGAUAAAAACAUUCUUGAAAACAGACUGUCAAAUGCUCGCGACCGGCGCACCAUCUAGCCACGCAAUGCACAACUACCCCUCACCUGCUUGGCGUUAGGCGGUGAGAUUUCAGCGUCGAAGAUAUAACAGGGCGUCGGAAAAAAGGAAUACUUAAUAUAUUAACAAGAAAAAAAAAAAAAAAAACACCUUAUCAAAAGAUGGUCUAAAGUGGGUGACGGAAUUCGGUGUGAGGAUGAUGUUAUAUAUGGUGCUUUAAGUGUUUAAAAAAAAUUCCUCAGUGACUAAAACAGUGAAGAAAGUUCAUUCAUACGACUUUGAAUGGGUAAUCAUGAUUGAUGACUUUUUCGAUGACUUUUUCGAUGAUAAUGGCACGAACACAGCAGCCAAAUCAGCUCCAGACAAUGAGAUAUAUAAGAAAACGAGCGCGAAGGAACUUUCGGACAUCGUGAAUCAAACAAGAAAACUAGCCCUUCAAGCUGAUAAUAAGAACAGUUCGUCAGACAAGGAAUCAAUUUAUUCUGAAUCAUUCGAGGAAGUGGAUAAAGACAGCGAGGCCCGAGAAAAGACGACCGACUCAAAAUCCGCUUCGAGUGAGACCGAGGCCAGUUCGGAAAACGAGAGAUCGAGAACCCCGGAUUCCUCAGCGUCACAUUCCAAGUCUCAAAUUUCAGCGCAAACUUCUUCGGAAAGAGAUAGUUCAGUUUCCCCCGAAGCGGUCGAUUCACAGAAAACGGGAACCUACAGCAUCGAAGAGGAGGAGGAACUCAAGGAUCUUGCUCGCGAAAAGAGCGCAGGAAGUGACAGGUCCCUUAGCGAUGAUGAGACCCUUUCGAGUUCUCGGUCUCGGGACACCGUUUCGACGGUGACUGAGAAACCUCCUCGGGGCCUCUCGUGGGAGGUCUGGUUCCUCCAGAAAUACCAACAGAAGGCAGAGGAGAGUCAGGAGGAAAUCGCCAAGCGGAGAGAGGAGGAAGAGAUCGCGGAACGAGAGAGAGAGAAGGCGAGGCGGCUGAAACUCAGAAGUCAGAACGAAGUAACGAAAUGGCUACAGAAGAAGAGAAAGGAGGAGGUUCAAAGGAGAAGAGAAAGGAAAAGAGCAGAGGAGUUGAAGCUGGAAGAAGAGGAGAAAAAGAAGAGAGAGAAACAAAAAUUAAAGCGUCGGGCGAGGGCAGCGUACAGGGAAUGGAAGGAAAUGAAAGAACAAGAGGAAGAAGAGACAAAGAGAAGGGAGCAGGAACAAGCAGAGGCAUCGACGAAGGAACAGCAGAGACGCCUGGCAUCCGCUUCUCAAGCCUACGUGUCGUGGUUGACCUCUCACCCACGACUCUCCCGGCGGUACGACUCGCGGGCGUAUGCUGGGGGGAGGGUCGUGACCUACUAUGACCGGGGUCGUCCAUCGUCGCCUACUAUGGUUAAUCCGAUACCAUGGAGGAGGCUUUGAUGACACUGAUUUCUCUGAUUUUGCGUCUGGUGUAUGCUUGUUUGAGAGGAGAUACGGGGAAUAAGGCAAACGAAGAGAUAAGAAGGAAGAUAGGGCAAGAAAUAUUUGAGGGGAUAUUUUCACAGCUUUAAAAAGGUCAACAAAUAUAUUAUAUUUAACUUA